UGAGCCAGGUUCUAAAUUCAGCAGUCCGAUCAGUUUUCUAACAGGCUGUUAUCAAAAGUGCCUUCUCUCAGCAUUAAAACCAAAACUUCUUGUUAAAAUAUUUUUAAGACUUUAUAUUCAACGAGACUGCAUGUGAAGACAGAAUGGUGUACACAACAGAAAUGAUUGAAGAGCGUGGUAGAAAAGAAAAUACCAUGGCAGAAAGAAGACAGUUGUUUGCAGAAAUGCGAGCCCAAGACUUGGAUCGUAUUCGUUUAUCCACUUAUAGGACAGCGUGCAAGCUCCGUUUUGUACAAAAAAAGUGUAACUUGCACUUGGUAGAUGUUUGGAAUAUUAUAGAGGCAUUCAGAGAAAAUGGGCUAAAUACAAUGGAUCCAAAUGCUGAUCUCAGUGUUGCUCGCUUGGAAGCUAUCAUCUCCACAAUACUUUACCAGCUGAACAAACGCUUGCCAACUACCCAUCAAAUAAAUGUUGAACAGUCUAUUAGUUUAUUGCUGAACUUUCUGCUUGCUGCCUAUGAUGGAGAAGGCCAAGGCAAAAUAUCUGUUUUUACUGUGAAAGUGGCAUUAGCGACAAUAUGUGGAGGAAAGAUACUGGAUAAACUGAGAUAUAUUUUCUCUCAAAUAUCAGACUCCAACGGAAUAAUGAUAUAUGUGAAGUUUGACCAGUUUCUACGGGAAGUGCUGAAAUUGCCAACAGCAGUAUUUGAAGGUCCUUCCUUUGGCUACACAGAACAAGCAUCAAGGUCAUGUUUUUCCCAACAGAAAAAAGUGACACUCAAUACAUUUCUGGACACUUUGAUGUCUGAUCCCCCACCACAGUGUCUUGUCUGGUUGCCACUCAUGCAUCGUCUUGCAAACGUUGAAAAUGUCUUCCACCCUGUUGAAUGUUCCUACUGCCACAGUGAGAGCAUGAUGGGUUUUCGAUAUCGUUGCCAGCAGUGUCACAAUUAUCAGCUAUGUCAGGACUGCUUCUGGAGAGGCCAUGCAAGUGGUUCUCAUAGCAACCAACACCAAAUGAAAGAAUACACAUCGUGGAAAUCCCCUGCAAAGAAGCUAACCAAUGCACUUAGCAAGUCUUUAAGUUGUGCUUCCAAUCGAGAACCUUUGCACCCAGUGUAUCCUGAACAGCCUGAAAAACCGCUAAAUCUGGCACAUAUUGUGCCUUCAAGACCUCCUCCUAACAUGAAUGAUACAAUGUUCUCCCAUUCAGUAAUUACCUCAGGAAGCCCCAGCCCUAAUAAGAGGUUACUAGAUGAGAUGAAUGAUGAGCAUACUGUCAUUCAGCUGUAUGUAAAUGAGCUUAUGAAAGAUGCACGCUUUCCUGAUGAGAUCAAUGAAGUAGAGCAGAACAAACAACUGGCUAGGGCUGCUCCAGCUUUGCUAAAGGGCAAAGGGUUGCAAUACAGCCUUGAUAUUGCUGAUAGACUGGGUGAUGAACAUGUUCUGAUUGGUCUAUAUAUCAACCUCCUCCUGAAUAAUUCCUCACGUGUCCUUGAUAGUCCAAGCCGUCUAGAUGAAGAGCAUCGAUUGAUAGCUCGGUAUGCAGCACGACUUGCUGCUGAGGCAGCAUCUUCACCUGGCAUACUAGAAAUCCUGCAAGAGAUACAGAGAUUGAGGCUAGAACAUGAGCAGGCAUCUCAACCCACGCCUGAGAAGGCACAACAGAAUCCUACCCUGCUGGCAGAACUUCGACUGCUCAGGCAACGAAAAGAUGAGUUAGAACAAAGGAUGUCAGCAUUGCAAGAAAGCCGCCGAGAAUUGAUGGUUCAACUAGAAGGCCUGAUGAAGUUACUGAAAACUCAGGGGGCAGGAUCCCCUCGCUCUUCACCAAGUCACACAAUUAGCCGGUCUGUUCCUAUACCAAUGCCUAUCAGAUCAACCUCUGCCUGCUCAACUCCAACCCAUACACCUCAGGAUUCACUGACAGGGGUUGGAGGAGAUGUACAGGAAGCAUUUGCACAAAGCUCCAGGAGAAAUUUGAGAAAUGACCUGCUGGUGGCAGCAGAUUCCAUUACAAACACAAUGUCAUCUUUGGUAAAAGAGUUGAAUUCAGCAGAGGCUGGGAGUGAGACAGAAAGCAAUGUGGACUCAGAUUUUGGUCGUGCUCAUUUAGAUGACAUAGUGCUUUCACCAACUUCUGAGAAGGCCUUUCUAGCUCAAAUUAAUGCAAGAAACCCCAGCUAUGUGCACAGUGCUGCUGCAACAGGAACAAUUCAAAGUGAUAUUGUUGCAGAAGAUGGUGAAUCAUACAUUAGAACUGAUGUUGAAAGUUAUGAAAAUGAAUCUGUCCAUCAACUUGAACGGGAGUUGAAGCUGGAAGAAUAUCUGAAGCAGAAAUUGCAAGAUGAGAACUAUCAGGCUCAUUACAGUCAAACUGAUGAUGAGAGUUAUGUGAGAACUGAUGAUGAUGAAAGCUGCAUUCGGACAGAUGAUGAAGAUGGUCUAACUUCUGGCUUCACUGAAGAAUGGAAUGAACAUAUGAAGCGUCUUAUGACAAAAAAAUAAUUUUAUAAGUAGUGUGAGGACUCUAGCACAAUUAUUUUAAAAGUUUCUAGUUCAAUGUGUUAACAGACAUUUCUUUUACUAAAAGCUGGGUUUAUCAGCAUCUUCUUUAUAUGCCUCAAAACAGAAUUCAGGAGAACUCAACAGCAGUUAUCACCAAACUGAACAUGUUUGAUGUUAUUUCAAAUAUGGCAGUAUUAAUAUUAGAAAUACUUCUUCACACAUAAUCAAUAUUUUCUGUAUAUGCUCCUAAUAAUGAUACACAUUAUGUUUGGUUUCUAGAUGAACUGUGCAGUUCUUUGACAAAAGUUACAUAUUUUUCAACUGUGAUAAACCUAUUUUGGUGAAAUGCACUUAAAAAUCAUAUAAUAGGGCAUGAUAUGAGUAUUUAUUCAAAACUGUAACAAUCUAUAAACUAGUAAUUUUCAGCAUUUGUUUUAAAUGCACAGAUCUGUAAAAUAAGAGGACUGUGAAUUGUGUCAAGGACGCUCAUAGCUAAUUCUGUUCUUGUACUUUGAACCAUAGGUGCCAAAAACAAAUACAGUUUAAAAAAAGGAACUUGAUUUAUUUAAUUCCUUUUGUGUGAGUAAUAUAAUGGUUUAAGCAAUAUUUUAAAAAUGCAUGAACAUUGCUAACUUUAAAAAAGUAAACUUUUUCUGGAUUAUUUUGCUUAUAUAAUUUUAAGGCCUUCAACUUGGGCAUACUUAUAUAAAUAUGUAUACACAUUACUUGAUGUGCAUUGGACAUUUUAUGUUUCAAAUGUGUACUACCUUAGUUGCCUAUCUGUGUAGUGUGUACUUUGUGAGGAAAGAAUAGUUUAUCAAAUAACCUAUGGAACAGAAUUGCAUAUGUUGAAAGACAGCAACGGGUGAGAAUUCAAUGUUUUGGAGGGUUUGUGGCAUCUACUUAAUUAAUUCGCAAUUGAAUCAGAUAGAUAGUUGAAGAUACUAUUCUCCAAGUAUGAUUUAACUUAAAGUCAUCAGUACAAAAACAGCUGCUUCAACUCCAUAUAUGAGUUCUCACAGAAACUAUUCUACAUAAAGCUGAAUUCAUUUUAUCUGUAGUAAUUACUCCUGAAUUUACAAAUAAUUCUUUCACAGAUAUUUUCUGUAAAUGAUGUCAUAUGUAAGCCAAUCAUAACUUUUUAUUUACAGUAUUGUUAAACAAAAGUUGAUAAUGACAUAACAGGAACACACAAUAAUAUGUAAAGUUACACAACAGUUGUAUUAUUGAUAAUCGAAGAAUUGCAAAAAAGCUCCACAAACAAUUAUCUACCCUAAAAGAGUGUAGAUAUCUUGACAGUAAAAUAACAGGAGAAAUGGUGUGAUUUAAUUGAUAUUGUCAGAUUAAAAAGCAGCAGGGAAUAUGUUAAUUACUAAUUGACAUGUACUUUACCGAAAGGGAAUGGAUGUUCGAUAGAGAUAAAAGAAAGAUGUGAAUUCUGGAAGAUUCUGGAUACAGUUAAGAGUUGAGAGAGGCUUGGCAUGUUUCAAAGUUAACCUGCACAGACUGUGGCCUUCACUGUGAACCAAUCUGUACUCUGUUAGUGCAUGAAGUAAUAAAUCGUCUAGUUUUGUUUCAUAGUUCUUAUACCUUUUAUUUAUUUUGACUGACUUUUCCCAGCUGCAUAUGGUAAUUAAUGUAGACACAUACUGUAUAUAAAGUUUUUGUGCUGAAUUUUAAAUGGAUAAAUUCAGCAAAAUGGCAGUGAAUAACCAUCAUUUUCUUACUCUGUCCAAAAUAAUGAACAUUUAAUUUUCACCAAAAAUGUAUGACUACAUCAUGUAUAAAUUAACUACAACUAAUAUACUUAAUGUGUCCAAAACUCCAAAAGAAGGUCAGCAACUUUGGAAGCACUAAAAGUUCAAUGUAAUACACUGUUGAUGUAAUAAAACUACUGAUCUAUGUUUUGUAUUGUUAAGUAUUGUAUACAUAUGUACAAUGUGUUGGAACAAGCUGGGGACUUGCCAUGUUUUAAGAUUGUUUAAGUAUUUAACUGUGUGUCUGUAUUUUGGAAUGGAAUAUUUCUUCAUUAAAGAGAGAAUUUUUUAAAA